AUGCCUCCUAAAAGUAAACCGACCACACCGGUCGUGGAGGAUCCCAUUGACGAGAAGUAUGUAUUGAAAUUCCCGGCCUUUUCCGACCAAGUCCAGACUCUUCAAAAGCUUGGACCAUUGAUCUUGGCUAAUCAAGCUAGUGAACAAUAUUCGAGUCCGGAAUUGAUUCAACUUAGAAAUAGUUAUAAAUAUAUCUAUGUAGUUAAUUGGCUAUACCAUUGUCGAGGAUUUGUGCGGUUACAGUCGGAAUACUUUGAUGUAGACGUGUUUGAAUUGGAAUUAUUGAAUUAUUUCCCUAUAGUCAAUUCCGGAUAUGAACAGGAUGGAGCAGUUAAAGAUGGACAGUUAUUUAUUCAAAAAUUGAAGUUGAAUUUAAUUUCAACUUUACAGAACUCGAAACUUUCAUCAUUAAACAAUUUUGAGACUAUAUUCAAGUUAUGGUUCGGAAGUCAGACGCCUCUCGGAGGAUCCGAUGAAGAUGAUGAUGAACAAGGACCAGUAGAAGGACAAGAAGGUGAACUACCAGUACAAAAGAAACAACAGGAAGUAGAGACGAAAUUCGAUGAAUUGAGUAUUGCCGAUAAGUUUGAGAUUAUCUAUAUUUUAAUAUCUACUAUCUCCAGUUAUUCCAAGUUCCGGGAUUGGAUCGAUAAGAAUAAUCUUUCGGUUGAUAAUCUUCGACUUGUACCUAUUUAUACUCAUCCAGUAGGUUCUACAGGUUCAGAAGAUUAUUUACUUUUAUUUGAUAAUACUAGAUUAUAUAAGAGAAUUAUUCAUUAUCAUGCUCUUGUUGUUCCUAAGAAACGUAAGUUAUCACCGGUUGAUCCUAAUGUGACAUUUAAACCAAGUCAAUUUGAUGUUGAAAUAUCCGAUAUUCAAUUUGAAUUAGUUUAUAAGAAUGUUUAUGAAUAUAAUUCAUUUGUUAAAGGGUUAAAGUUAAAGAAACUUAAGCCGGUGCUUGUGCGCCCGGAAGUGGUGGAGUCGGUGCUCGGAUCUGAGAUAAAAAAGAGACGAUACUUAACCAAUAAGAAGAAAGAAGUUCAAUUAUUAUCAUUAUUAUCGACAAGGAAACGGUCACUUCGAUUAGAGAUUAAAGAGAAACAAAAGCAUGAAGAAUUGGAGAAGCAAAGAUUACAAGAAGAGUAUGAAUUAAAGUUGGCUGCUCAGAAACGGUCAGAAAGACGGACUCGAUCAACCGAUACGAGUGGAUAUGUUCAACGAGAUUAUGGGCAUGGAUUAUCGAGAGAUGAGAGAUUAAAGUUGAGGAGAGUGGGGACACCUGUAUUCACGCCUACGCCGGAAGUGAGAGAGGUAGAGGAAGUAAAGGAGGUUAAUGGUGAAGAGCCGGUGGUGGUUGAGUCGGAAGUGAAGUCGGAAGUUGUUGAUGUUGUUAGUGAAGAUGAAGUUGAAGACGAGGAAGUCACUGAAGGAGUUAGUGUAGUUGAAUCGGAAGCCAAGCCGGAAAUUGUUGAUGUUGUUAGUGAAGAUGAAGCUGAAAGAGUUGAAGGUAAAGUUACUGCGAAUGGACAUAGUGAGCCAGUGACAGAAGUACCGGAGACAUCAGUUUAG